UCCAUGGCAUCGCUCCUCAGGCCAGCCAAGAGGAAGAAGAAGCAACUCUAGCAGCUAGCUAGCCUUCCUCCUCGAUCAUCAGCACAGACAAGUUAAGGUAGGAGAAGAAGAAGAAGAUGUCUUGCUGCAACGGCAAGUGCGGGUGCGGGUCCAGCUGCCAGUGCGGCAGCGGGUGCAACGGCUGUGGGAUGUACCCUGAUGUGGAGGCCACUGCCACCACCAGCACCAUGCUACUCAUCGCUGCUGCCACCCACAAGGGGACUUCCGGCGGGUUGGAGAUGGCGGCGGCGGAGAACGGCGGCUGCGACUGCAACGCCUGCAAGUGCGGCACCAGCUGCGGCUGCUCCUGCUGCAGCUGCAACUGAAACCCACACAUCAUCGGCUCCACCUAGCUACCAUCUAAAUAAAUAAUACUCUCUGUCUCAGAUGAUGAUGAUCCUACGUACUCCUCCUAUCAUGCAAUCCUCUCAUACAGUAUGAUGAUGAUGGUCAAGCAGGCUCAAAUUAAGGCCACUGCAUGCCUGCAUAUGUAUAUGUGCAGCAUGACGAUGCAACGGCCCGUCUCUCGCUUGGUGUCGAUCAGCUUAAUUAAUUACCAUGUCUUGGUUAAUGAUGCGUGAUUUAUAUAUAUAACUAUAUGUUGUGCUA